AUGAAUUUCACCGCGCCCAUUUUCCAACCCAUCCAGUUCGUCCCCGCUAGCAAAAAGCCGGAGAUCCUUGAACUCCCCGUGCUACAUAUUUCCGCUGUCGCCCAUGCCCGCCUCGAAUCAGGCGGCAAUCACUGGACCUUUUACAUGACCGUCAGCUCAACAGAAUCCAUCCAGGUCGACAUGACGCCCUCGUAUACCGUGCCCAGUACCAUAACUAGCGGUGGCUCGAAAGGAAACCUCGUCGUCAGCCAACUCACCUACAAAUUCUCGCCAGAUUCCACAAAGAUCGUGCGUCUUGAUGUGCGCGAUGGGUUGACAGUAAAGCAUUUUGUGGAACUACUUGAAAGCGAGAAGCGGCAUCUUUUCGAAUUCAACGAGCUUGGACAGGGAUGUCGGUUUUGGGUCGAUGAUCAACUCACCCUGUUCUCGGAGAAGGGUCUCUUAACCAACCAGAACCAGGUGGAGGAAGCGAGGGCAUCGAUCUUGACGCAGUAUCCGGACGAGAAGCAGUAUCCGCUUGUUGUUGGUUCUUAUUACGGCUGA